AUGAUCACGUGGAUCGCGUUGGCGAUUCCUAUCGUCGGAGCGGUCUCCACCUACCCAACUGUCGUCACUGACGAUCAAGUUGUCGAUCCGGGCGACUCGCUUCGUUUCGGCGCAGCGAUCGCCGCUCUCGACAGCAGCACUGGCUGGGUCGCCGUGGGAGCGCCGGAUACCGACGGAAACGCCGGAUACCGCGGAGCAGUCACGCUUCUCAACCUCGAGUGUGCGACAUGCGUCGAGGUCACCAUCGGCGAUAACCAGCUUCCACUCGCUGACUACACCUUGUUUGGCUCGGCCGUCGCGAUGGUGCCGGAUCUGGGCGGUGUGACGCUCGCCGUCGGCGCCGUCUACCUGCUCCGGCUUGCCUCCGAGGCCGACUGCCAGGCGGAUCCGGCCGCAUGCCUGCUGUCGUGGGUCGUCAUUGAGCCCAUGCAGGGGGGCUUCAACCCGUCGUCAGCCGACCUGGACACGUACCAGCACUUUGGGCAGGCCAUCGCAGCUCUGCCGGGCUUUCACAGCCAUGGCGGCGCCGGGCUUGCGCUCGCGGUGGGCGCGGGCACAGACUUCGACGAUGACAUCCCUGGCGCGGGGAUGACCGGAAUUCAGGGCACCGUCUUCCUCCUUUUUAUGGACACCGGCGUGCAGCUGCCGUGCCAACUGCCUCCACUCCUUCUCCUCUGCGGCUGGCCGGCAUCCGUCAACGUCACCUCGCACCGGCGCAUCGAGUCGGGCAAGGGCAUCGAGACCAUCCCUACUGGCGGCGUGUUCGCCACCUCCCUCGCCGCCUUGACCGACUUGAACGGGGACGGCACUGCAGAGCUGGCUGUCGGAGGGAGCAUGAACUCCGAUCGUUCCGGCGACGCCUGGAUCCUUUUCCUCGAGGCCGACGGCACCGUCAGCGGCAGCCUCGACCUCGGAGUCAGCGCCGCCCUGCAGCCCAAAGACAAGUUUGGGUACUCGCUCGCGAUGCUCGACGACAUGGACGGAGAUGGCAUGCCCGAGCUGGCUGUUGGUGCCGAGGGCAGCGGGGGCAGUGUCGGAUCCGGAAAUUCAGAGUCCGACGGCGCGGUAUACAUUUUGCUCCUCGGCAACGGCGGCGGUGCGGUCGAUGUCAAGGAUUGGACAGUGUGGCCCGGUCCCAAAGGAGCUGCGUCAGAGUACGGCGCGGCGGUCGCAGCCAUGUCGGGCAAGCGCUUGCUCGUCGGGGCGCCAGCCGCUAGCGCGGUCCACGACAUCACGUACUCGACAGAUCCCAACAGCUGCACUGACUACAUCGCCGAGGGCGUGAAGUGCGCCGGCCUGAGUGAGCUGUGUUGCGAGGUGGGGACCACGUGCGUCCGCGUGUGCCUGCAGGGUGUGGUGGGGACCACGUGCUUCGGCGAGUCGGAAUGGCAAUUUCGCCCCUCGCCGAUGGGGGCGGACCGGCUCCUCGAGGUCCCCGUCCUCGCUGUCACGCUCCUCGCCUCGUCGGGCGCCGUCGUCUUGUGCUCGAGGGCGACCGGCCAGCGGGUGGCCGAGGGGCCAUACCUGCGCCUCCCCCUCGCCAGCUUGCAGGUUGUGGCCGACGUCUUCCUCGCGGCCCACGCCUUUUGGGCCCGAGACAUCCUCGGAGCGCUCUGGACCUCUGCCUGGUCCGUCCUCAGCGCCGUGCUCGUCGCAUCAUGCGCUUUGGCAGGAUACGCCGCUCACGCCACGUCGAAGGAGGCUGCGUCGUCAGCCCUCGGCACGGCGGCGACUUGGGCGGCGCUCGCGCUGUCGCCUCUCAACGCUGAGGCACUCUACCUUCUGCCGUGGCGGCGCCGCUCCUACUUCCGCCUCCCCACCCUCGCGAUGUGCGUUUGCGUGUCUGCCGUCGCGCUGCUGCACUCGGGAGGCAUACUCGUCGUCAGCUUGCAGCUGCUCGCAGCCGCAAACGCCAAGGCCGACGAUCUCGACGACGAGGGCCGCCUCGCCGCUGUCUACCUGGCGGUCUACGUCUCCUUGCUGCUUGCGGUCGCGGGGCUACUGCUCCGCGUCGGCCGCCUCUGCGCCAUCAGCGCCCGCGCCCUGAACCUGAGCGCAGCGGUCUGCGACGUGCGUGACGAGCUGCUCGCCGCUGCCAACGUUGCGAGGGAGACGGCGGAGCGCGAAGAGGCGGAGGCGGUGCGGCUGGAGGAGCUGGAGGCGGAGCAGGCUGCUGCGGCGGCCAGCAGGCGGGCGAGCGUGGGAGGCCGGGUCUCGCUGCGCGACAGGCGCUCCAGCGGGGUGGUGGCCUCCUGGACGACGACGCCGCAGGGCGACUCGCUGUCUGCGGCGGUCGCGGCCGGGCCUCUGGCUUGCGACGGCAUGCUGGCGAGGGCGAAGGCUGCCGCCGCCGCGGCGCUGCUGCAGAUGUGCGAUGUACGGGACGAGCUUCUCGCCGCUGCCAACCUGGCGGCGGAGGCGGCGGUGGGGGAGGAUGCGGAGGCGACGAGGCUCGAGAUCCUGGUCGAGGAGUACGAGGUGUGCGCUGAUGCGGCGGCGGGCGGUAUCAAGCGCAGCUCCGUCCGCGAUGGGGUGCUCCAGCGGACAAGGGAGGCGCGAGCGCUGGCGGCGGCCGCAGAAGCGUCCACCAAAGCCAACGUCUCCGCUGCUGCUGGUGACGCCAGUGACCACCCCGAGUCCUCUCGCCCUCGCGCCGCCGACGAAGCGCGUGCGACCGCCGCCGCUCGCACGCGCGUCGAGGUCGCCCUCUCUGGCGGCGGCGGCGGUAGCGCUGCGGCACAGGCGCAGCGACAGAUCGCUGCGGAGACGAGCCGCAACCCCCACGUGCGUGAGGCGGCGGCGCGGCGGGUGGAGGAGGCUAGGCAGCGGGCGCGCUCCGAGCAAUCCUCCGAAGCAAGGCUGUCCCAGAGAAACAGCGGCCUCGUCUCGGCGAUUGAGGCGCAGCGCCGGUGGCUCACGGACCGGCUGGCGGGACGGCCAGAGCCGGCGGCACCGCGGCGCGACGUCGACCUCGAGGCCACCGACUGGAUGAACGAGGCCGUGCUCGCCGGCAGGUCGUCUGCGGUCCUCCCCGGCAUCUCGUCGGCGGCGCAGCGCCUGCCGGCGGACGGCGGUGCAGCAGCAAGCGUGGCGUGGGCAGACGUCGACCAGGCGCGCGAACGGCAAGGCCGCGUGGAGCGGGCGCGCGAGGCCUCCCUGGCCAGGGGGCGCCGUCGCAAACUUGUUUCGCAUCUGAGUGACCAAAGUGACGACUUUUCCGCUCGGGCCUCGGCAUACAAUGGGCUGGAGCGAAAAAAAGCAAACGAGUGGCUCCGGCGCCGCGGCGCCUUGCAACUCUGCGAUCCGCGCCGCGAGUCGCGCGAGCUCCGCCUGUCGCGCGGCCGUGGCCCUCGGGCAGCAGUACGCGUCAAUCUCUUGCCGCAACUGCCGAGCAGCGACCGCCACUGCGGGCCGUUGCGCCGGCGGCAAAACCUACAGCCCAAUCCAGACUUCCCCUCCAUCCCUCUGGCGAGCUGA